AUGCUCGCAGGUCAGUCGAUGGAUGUUUUAGGAGCCUACGUUAUGCCGACGCAUGAGACCUGUAGUCGACGUUCGACUUUGUUGCAAACACUUUUGGGAUUCAUUCGUUCGUCGGAACGGGAACUUGACUGGCUGCGAGAGCGGGAGGCGAUCGAGGUGAACCGCGAUUGGAGUGCGUCGCGCACGUGGCGGUCCGAUGAGCUGCAGUCCUACCUCAAGGAAGCCGUGGAAGAACUGAAGCAACGUGAGGCUCAUCACAACGAUCUUUGUGUGCUUGGCUCCACUAUGCAACUGGACAAUCAUCCAGCGGCUAAUCUUGUACAGUCCUACUUGACCGCAUUGGAGCGUCAUUGGAGUUGGUUGUUCCAACUGAUUGACUGUUCCGGAUACCGUACCAACCAGCUUAUCAGAAGAGACGUGCUGUUACGCGAUGCCGCUGAAUGUGAGACCUUUUUGAGAACACAGUUGGGCAUACUGCGUUCUGAGUUUGGUUCUCCUCAUCACCCCGUGACGCUGAAGGAAGCGGAAAAGUUGAAGAGCCGGCUAAAGUGCAUCCUUGAUCAAGUCAACGACCGGGAGCCUCACAUCGUCAAAUUGAAGGAUGAGGCCUCCGAAAUGGUUCCUUUGAGUGUGAACGGAGAUCCCGAUCACCUUGGACUUCCGGUUCGGGCUCUCUGCUGCUUCCGCUCCGCAGAUUACUGGACAGGUCAACCUGGUUCGCACUCCACUCUGGUAUCCGCAGUUGGCGAGGUAUUUUGGCCCACUGGUGACGAGCCCGGUGGAUUUGAUAAAGGCGACUCAUUGGUUUUGAUCUCCCAUUUGAACCCCAAGAUCUGGAGCCUUCGCACUCCAAGCGGAUCAUGCAUGAACAUCCCCAGCGUCUGUUUCAUCCCCUCCUGGGCAUGCGAACAUAUCACUGGACGCAUUAGGCAAGUUGGAUCGCUGUUAACCGACAUGAAGUCGAAUCUAUUCCUCGUCAACUUGCGUCUUGAAAGUCAACUCCUGGCUGCGUCUUUGAUGAGUUGCCAGUCGAGGCUGAGCUCGGCUGGCCAUUCCGCCUUGUCGAAAGACGGGUUAGAAGCUACGCAGCGCCUCGCUACCGACGGAUUACGGCACCUCCUGGCAAUGCGACUGGCCAAUCAACCGGUAAAUGAGAUCGAACAGUUCGAAUCACAGUUGCACUCUUUUGAAGUUGCGCUUACGAAAGCGGGACCGUCUGCAAGGUAUGCGAACAGCGAAGCGGAACAGAUGGACAGUCGAACUGUGGAUCAACUGCGGCAAUCGCUGAACCUUCUCGCAUUGCGUCUGCAAGAGUCUGCCACUCAUCCGCUUCCACACCGCGCUUCGGACUUGACUCAACGCAUCCACGAACAUAGAGUGAGUGCUUUUUCGCUUCGCACAGUCGCCUCGCGACGGUUUUGUUUUCCCUUCGCAUGGAAAGUCGAUUUCCUUGCACUACUUCCCCACUGA